AUGCCAAACAACUUCUUCAAUAAUUCCAUGCAUUCGCGUACUUCUUCCCGCUCUGCAGCGCAGACGACAACGAUGAGCACACGCUUGCGACAAUGUCCCUGUACGGCUACUCCCGUCGUGCCACACUCUCUCUCACCCGAUAGGCCCACACCGUGUGCAUUUGCAUUCCUCUGUGCCAGGCAUGGAAUCGCAUUAAACAGAAGCAUUGACCCACCACUCACGCCGCCUGCACCGAGUCUGUCCGUGACUUCCACAUUACCUUCUCUCUUCACGUCAGGACGUCCCAGAGAUACACCCUCGCGAUCAAUGACUCAGCACACCGUACCUUCCAUUGCUUGCUGUAGCAAGAGCAUGCAGCACGCACGCACAGAUACAGAUUCGCCUGUAGCUCAAAUCAGUUUGCUCGACGCUCCGGAUCUCAACCCAGUGCACCACCCGCCCUUCCUGCACAGUGUCAUAGCGAAGACUGGUUUGAUAAAUAUCCAAAGUAUGAUUCUCUACAACUAG